UCGGCUGUCUCCGGUCAACUUGACGCAGCGGGGGAGUCCAAUGGAAGCCUUCGUCGCAACCCGGAGUAGACAAUCGAGUGCGAUUUAGAUUGAAAAUAGGAGCUGAUUUUAUCAGAUGCGAUUAUAAACCAGAUCUCUUCUCAAAGGUCUGGAUUUGCGUCUCUCUUUACUGUGUUUCAAUUCCGCUAGUCUGCCGCUCACGACAUCUGUUCGGCCUUGUUUAUACUGUGCAGAGAAGCUUGAAUCAGGGAAGCAGGCCCGGUCCUGUGCGAGUUUAACGGCCGUUUCGGGUCUGGAGUGUGUUUUGUGCGGAUCGGCCCUUUAGCUCACCAAAGAAUAUGAUCCAGAUGCAACAAUGACAUCUAGAUUUGGUAAAACCUACAGCCGUAAGGGAGGAGAGGGCACGUCUAAGUUUGAUGAGGUUCUGUCCACCAAGAGAGGCACCCUUAGUACCAAAUGGGGUGACACUACCUACAAGGCCAAGGUGGGCUCCAAGCGUGCCGGUGCUCCCAAGAACGACUCUGUCUUGGAGGUAUAUAAGAGGCCCCGUCCAUGUGGAGAUGGCUUGGAAGAUCCGUUUGGGUUUGACAGUGAUGAGGAAUCCAAGCCGGUGUCGUCUCGGAGUGGCAGCAAGUCGUCACCUGCCAAGCCAGCCUCAGCAGAGCCUCCCCAGGCGGAAAGGCCGGGUGUUUCUCUGAACACAGGGAGCAGGUCCAGCCAGGGAGAAUCCCAUACUUUGACAUCCGCUCGAGGUGCAUCAUGGCUGCCCAGUGACAGGAACCAACCGAGGGUGAUAGAGGACACAGCUCGGUUCUUCAACAGCAGCAGUGCUAGCAUAGGAAAGUCCCAGCAGAGUUCCUCAUCAUUAUUGGAGAACCAGCACAGCUACUCAUGGUACCAAAAUGCUUCUGAGAGCGACAAAAAGCCCCUUGCGCAGACCACCACCCUGAAGACAGGGUCCAAGGCAGAGUCCACCUAUGAUUCCUGGGAUGCCAUCAUGGGUCUCCGUCCGCCCUCACCCAGCCAGGAACCUCGCAACCCUGCCCCCACGCUCUCUUGGGCUUCAGUAGGUGUCUCCACAGUCAGCUGUGAUCUGGGGCAGACCCGGCAUGAGAAGCCCCCCUCUCCCCCACGGCUGCAGAGCCUCAGUGAGAGCGAGGACCUAGGGGGCGACUCGGACUUCCUUGUCGAGACGUCAGACUACUCCCAAACAUCCUCCUCCUCCUCAUCACUUGUAAGAAACUCUAACUGUCGGACAUACAGGAGGCCUAACAAACAGGGUUCUGGCAAAGUGUCGGACUCCAGUGGCUUUGCUAGCACUGUUUUUGGCGCAGAUCUUCCCAAAUCCUCAUCUGAUGGCAGUCAUAAGACAACAGGUAGUGGAGGUGGACGGGGCAGGACGAGGGACUACACAGUUCUGCACCCCUCUUCCAUGUCAAUGUGUAAUGUCACCAUCCAGGACCGGGUGGUGGAGGAGUUUAGCAGUGAUGCAGCACCGUCUAGUGGUAGCAGUAGUGCUGGGUCUGGCAGUACAACGGAGUUGGGAGAGGCGGGAUGGCAGCGAAAGAAGACAGAACAGCAAAACACAAGGUUCAGGCAGACCCAGACUAAGUCAAAGAAGGACAGUAAGCUGGACCUGUUUGGUUUUGAAGACACAGAUACCCAUCAGGAGGAGAACAGCACUGACAACACAGACAGCAGAUCAAGUUACAAAAUUAAAUACUUUGGCUUUGACGACAUGAGCGACAGUGAUGGUGCUGAUGAUGACGAGAUUGGUUCUAAAGAAAGGAGGAGGGCCAAGAGGGCUGCUGUCGCCAAGGCAACCCCAGUGAUUGCCAUGGAAGAAACACCGGUCCACGACCCCCCGGAUCCCUUUGAGAGGCUGGAGAGUCGUGAAAGACCGGCACCCAAGGAGAACAAGAAGAACUCUGAGAGGCAGGAGAGCAGGAUACGAGAAGAUGUCCUGGACUUCUCAGAGGAUGGCCUCAGGGUUGUGGCUGGGGUUCCCAGGAGGCCGCCUCAGGGCAAACAAGCUGAGAAGAACCCAGACACCUUACGCAGGAUCUUCAGUGCACACAAGAAGUCUCCCACCAAAGCAGUGUAUAAUGCCAGACACUGGACGUUGGAAAGUGAAGAGGAGCCCCCUCCACCUUUCUUCUCACGAUCACAGACCGCUCCUGCGACAGUUUCAGCUGGUGGGUCCAGUAAGGAGCCCUCUGAUACUCAGAAGGAUGAUGGUGUUUUCAAGGCACCUCCUCCUCCUCCCAAGGUCACCAAGUGUGUCACGGUCCCCACAGAUCCAUACCAGGACACCGUCACCACACUCAAAUGCCGCAAAGAGCACAAGGAGCUGUAUACAGUAGUCCAACAUGUAAAGCACUUCAACGACGUGGUGGAGUUUGGAGAGAACCAGGAGUUUACUGAUGACUUUGAGUACUUGGCUACUGGUCUGAAGAGUGGACAACCUCUCAACACACGGUGCCUUAGUGUGAUCAGCCUGGCUACACGCUGUGCCAUGCCCAGCUUUAGGAUGCACCUUAGAGCAAGAGGGAAGGUGGCUCAGGUCUUCAAAACACUCAACGAUGCCCCGCAACACCCGAACCUGGCUCUGUGCACUGCCUCUCUGAUGUACAUUCUGAGUAGAGACCGCUUGAACAUGGAUUUGGAUCGGUCUUGUCUGGAUCUGAUGAUUCGGCUGCUGGAGCUGGACCAGGACCAGGGAGGUGGGGCUGUUGCAGACUCUACCGCUCAGUUCAGCGCCAGGGAAAUUGCUAAGAUGAAGGAGAAAAUCAGGAAACUCUGUGACACCGUACACAACAAGCAUCUGGACCUACAGAACAUAACGACGGGUCAUUUAGCCAUGGAGACGUUACUGUCCCUGACUUCAAAGCGAGCAGGAGACUGGUUUAAAGAGGAACUCCGGCUACUUGGCGGACUGGACCACAUAGUAGAUAAAGUGAAAGAGUGUGUUGAUAACUUAAAUCAGGAAGAUGAAGAGGAGAAGCUGGUGUCGUCUCUGUGGGGAGCUGAGAGGUGUUUACGGGUGCUGGAGAGUGUCACAGUCCACAACCCAGAGAACCAGAGCUACUUGAUCGCUUAUAAAGAUUCAUCACUCAUUGUCUCCUCUGCAAAGGCAUUGAGGAGGUGUGAGGAGAUGAUCCAGCGUUACAGCAGGGAGGUGAACUCCGACGGAGCCGUGGUGGGGAAAGCAGUAGAGAACUGUAUGAGGGCAAUCAUAGGAGUUCUGCUAAACCUGACACACGACAAUGAGUGGGGCAGCACGAAGACAGGAGAACAGGAGGAUUUAAUAGUGACCGCUCUGAACUGCGUUCUCAGAGUCCCUCAGUAUCUUCCACAAGAGCAGAGAUUCGACAUCCGUGUUCUGGGUCUGGGCUUGUUAAUCAAUCUGGUGGAGUACAGUGCCAGGAACAGGUACUGUCUGAUGGAGAUGGAGAUGGAGGGAGGUCAGGGUCCCUGCGACUCCACCGUCCUGCUCAACCCUCAGCACCAGGACAUCACCAGCACCGGCCCACUGAGCGCCAUUGCUGCACUCGUACAGCUGUUCCUCCAACGGGAGCGGGCCGCUGUACUGGCUGAGGCGCAGACUGAUGACCUCAUCAAGGAGGCACCUAAGGCUGCGCUGGACCAGAGCGGGGAGUGGCAGGAGACAGGUGGGGAGAUUCAGUGGGUCGCUAAUGACAACGACUCCGACAAACAGGAUGACAGCAAGAAGAAUAAGAAAGACGAGGAGGACGAGGAGCUGGACCUCAACAAAGCUCUGCAGCAUGCAGGGAAGCACAUGGAGGACAGCAUCGUGGCCUCCUACACAGCACUGCUGCUGGGUUGCCUCUGUCAGGGGAGCCCGUUGAAUGUGACUACUGUGAGAGAGAACCUGCCUAAAGGAGAUUUCUCCAUCAUGACAGAAAUGCUGAAAAAGUUUCUCAACUUCAUGAACCUCACUUGUGACGUCGGCACCACAGGUCAGAAGUCCAUCUCCCGGAUCAUUGACUAUCUGGAGCACUGCUAGAGAGAAGCCUGUCUCAUACACACACACACACACACACACACGCACACACACACCACACACACACACCAUGACCAUCACCACCAUCAUCAUCACCUCAGAUUACGUUCACUGCUGGAAAUAGGCAUGUUGCUCUCUUAGAACACACACUUCUUCAUCAUCACCUUCCUCUCCGUGGUGUGACCAGACGAGCUCAUCGUCCUCCAGUUAAAGGAACUUUCCACAGGUUUUUUUUCCCCCAACAAUGGAAACUCAAUGACAAGGCAGUUUGUUCUCAAAUUUAACUUCAUCCAAACUUAAAAUUAUUACACCCUCCACCCACCUGUCCCACCACGUGUGGUCAUAUUUUACGUUACCUUUAUGGAAAAAUACCGUUCACGCAGGUAUUUUAUUUUUAUUUCACCCUUCCUCCAUUUGUAAGAGUUGCUCAGAAGGAUGUGUUUUUUUCCCUCCUUUUUUUUCCUUUUGAUAAAUUUUCUUAAGGUUUCCUCACAGUCGAGCUCCUCUCUUACCCGCUCACCCCGCUCUCUUGUGAAUACACCCUGCCUUUGUAUCGAUCCAGGACAGAUUGGAGUGAAGCUGUCAUUUUCUCCAGCCUGUCAUCAAAGCCUCACACCCCCUCAGCUCUGCCUCUGGAGCUGAUAAUCGCCAAAACAACUCAAGUGGUUAAAAAAAGAAACUACUGACCAAAAUAAUCACUUUCCGUCUUUGCUUUGAAACUGAUGACCUUGACUUCUUUCGAGCCACAUCGUUUCUCUCACGCUGUUUUCUUCUUCUUCUUCUCUUUUUGCUGCUUUGACCUCUCUGGCUGUUGGAGGGAGGUGGUUUGAGGCUGAGAAAUCAAAAGUAUUGAUCUUUUCUGGCCAAAGACCAAAGAAAUGGCAAGAGUUCAGACCCUGAAUUGUAGGCUUUUGUGAAGUUAAGGCGGUAUUUUAAGGUGGGAGUGCCUCUAAGUGUUUGCAUGAGGUCUUUUUUUAGGUGUGUUUAUAACCUGAAAUGUUCUCUUGUUGGAAGUGAGAGCUUCUCUUUCCUCUUCAGCCUCUGCAGCAAACUAGUUGAUUCAAAUUCGGUUGUUCCCUGUGUUGCCGUUAUUGAAACAGAAACUUCUCCCAUCACGCCGAACAAACUCCAGUCAGUCGGCAACCAACAGCACACCUGAGACUAAAACAGAAUGACCCUUGAGGUUGUUAAAACUCUGUGGAAACUUUGAACGACCCUCCACCCUCCCCAAAAGUAGAAACUUUGAAUCGAUCGCCCUCUCACUCAACAUCAAAGCGUUGUGUCUCGGUGGGACCCGAGCCCUCCGGACCAGAAACUGUCCUCCUUCAGCUCCUUUCAAUUACUGCCUGUGUAUGUGCUCACCACUCAGAGAAGAGCCUUCAAUUACAGCACAGAGGCAGCAAAGACGCCCCGGUCUGAGAGGUGAAGACGAGCUGCUUUUCUUUGGUUUUGAACUGAACCACCAGCAGAGAGGCUUUCAAAGAUCAAGCCAAUACAUUUUUCUUCCUGUUCAGUUGUUUGCAGACAGAAAGACUUUAGCUAUAGCUGUUAAAUCCCACAGUUCACAGUUUGUAGUUAAACAUUAUGGAAAAAUCCUUCUUUGAUCCUUUUGCCACUUUCAGAUCUAAUCUAUUCAACACUUUACAGAAAGGAGUUUUCUGUGAAGUGCUGUAGUUCCAAUUUCUCUUUCCUGCAUCGUUGUUCCCAGAAUGCAUUACCACAACCUCAAGAGGAGAGUGAAGGUGCUGGAAAUGUGUUAACUGUAUGAAUUAGUCUUGUGUUUCUUGGUGGGGUCGAUUUCUCCCUGGAUAAUCAUUGAACAUCAGUCCAAAAUGGCAACUAAAGAAACACUCUGAGCCUGUCCUUCAGUGUUUUCGAUGUUUGAAACAUUCUCUCCCAGAGCCCAGUUAGAUAUAACAAGGAUUGAAGUGCAAAGGACAUGAGCAGCAGCAGGUUGAGGGGGGUGUCUCUACCUUUUUAAAAAAAAAAAACAUAUUAGUACCACUUUCUGAUAAAGGGAGUAUGAGUUGUCACUAAUUGGUUUAUUGAUGGUAAUAAACCAUUUAUAUUUUAUGGCUAAAUAAUAAGCUUGAAUAAGAAAAAACCUUUAGGUUGCCACAUUGUGAAACAUCUCUUCGACUGGUGUAUCCUCCUCCAGCAUGACAUUUACUCACAAUUAUACAUGAUUAUGAAUGUUAAUGAGUUAUUAAUAAAAGGUUCCUUCAAUUCAUUGGCUGUGACAAGACAAAGUUAAAGGUUUUGUCGAUUUAACGGUUACUUCAGUGGUUUUGUGUUGCACUUCCAUGAGGUGGAUAGAUUCCAAAGAGAAUGAUCACAACUGAAGCAGCAGAUUUGGGGAAAGCUCCAGUUUGUGACUCAGACUUUCCCACUCUGAGAUGACCCUGAUGGCAUCACUGUGACAUCUCUGGAGUUAUUUUUUUCAGACUUAAGAAAACUCCUUUCAGAGCCACAGACAAUACAGCUGUUAUCAGAGGCUGAGUUGUACUAACCAUGACAAGUAAACUGAACUUAAUAAGUAAAAUUUAUGGAGUGUCCUUUUAAUGGCUUAUAACUCAUUUAUAAACCUUUAGUAAAUGAUUUAUUAACCAUUAAUUAGGCCAUUAGUUACAACUUCUACACUUUUUGUGAAGGCUGCCUUAUUAGAAAGUGAUAUCAGUGUUACUUACUUUUUUUAAACAAAAACUUAAAAAGAAAUGAUCCAUGGCACUUCAGUUUAAGAACUGAUUCACCUUUCAAGUGGACAAGUAAAAAGUGGUGAAAUAGUUUUGAUGCUUUUCCCAGAAACAGUGCUCAUUCCUUGAAAUUAGUAAGGAAUAGAAGACACAUUCAUCUGAGCAAAAUAGCAUUUAAAAUGUCCAGUUAAAAUUAAUAAUUUGUUCCAUUAACUUGUCCAAAGAGUUUUUCUGUCUGGCUUGUUUAGAUUUGGAAAGUUAAGAUUGAAUUGGCUGUUGUUUUUUUUUUUUCUUCUUUUGAACGCAGACAAGUUCUUGAAUUUCUUCAGCUGUUAAAAGUUUGAAGCACGUCAUUGAGCAUGUUCAUACCGUUAUCUUGUAUUUGUCUGUUCCUCUGAUCAUUAAGGCACUGUCUCAUACACACAUACACACACAGCUCAAUCCUCACACUCCUUUAAAAAAAAAAAAAAAAAAAGUUUACAAGAGCUUUAUUCACAGACGUCUGGAAGAAUGAAUGGAAGAGCUUUUUGUACAUAGUUUCCUGUAUAUAGAUUGAUUUCCUCAUGUAGGAGGAGAGACUGAUGGGUAAUGGGCAUGGGUGGGACUGUGGGUGGGGUGGGAGGAUUCAAUUCAAAUUUAAAUUUAGACCAGUAGACUCUACUUUUCUGAAUCUGACUCUAUUUUUCAUUUUCUAAAGCCUUUUCUCCCAGUCGUGUUGUUGUUUUGGACAGACAGACAGAGAGCUUCUUAACAAGCCAACUGCAGGAAAACUUGAUCUUUGUACCAAUUUGCAGACUGAUGUCUUUGGUUACCUGUACAUAAUUUUAAAAUAAUAAAAAUUGCUACUUUCAGUA